CUUUGGUAACGGGAGAACUUGUCAAAAACGAUGAUUUCAUAAACGUGUGUCAACAGAAUUAAAUCGGAUGAGACAUGAUACGAUCUUGAUUUCAUCGUCUCUGUACUUGUCAAACAGCAUCCUUUCCAAAUAUGACAUUCAGUGCUCCAGUAUCUGCAAUGGUUGCCCCUGUUCUGAACAGCCCCUUUCCAGAAUCCUUACACAGUAUUAUAGACUGGCGACAGACCAAAACAAGAUGGAUUUCAUGAACUCGAUUUCAUCCUCGUUUUUAGAUGGAACUUGAAGCAUGUCUCCAUAAUUUUAGCUUUUACCCGUGUUCCUUUUUAUUUUUAUCUUGUCUUAUUUUGAAAUUGCAUAUACCAUGUUUUUUAGACGUGAAAUAGUCCUUUGUCGUACUUCCAUAAUACGAUGGCUUUGCUGCAAAAGAUUUACCCUUAUAAAGGGACUUGUUUUUGUUCUAGCAUUAAGUUUGGUCUCAAGCUUUUUCUUCUCAUACCAUUUGAUGUUUUUUAACUUCGGGUUAGUGAAGCGCCAGGCAGACCCUCCGCAACCCAUUGUCAGCUGUCGAGUUGACAAUAUCAUGCCAAAAAACCAGCUACGUCUACCAAAGGACCACAGUUCAGAAGCUGGGUUACGUAUUGGCAGAAAGGUUUUGAUAAUGGUGGAGACCCAAUUCUCCAAGUCUGGAACAAAAAUUACACAUCUGCUAGAAGCCUUGCGCAUUGAUUUUAAAGUUGAAACCACGGGUAAAAAUAUUCCAACAUUGACUCAUGCUGAUAAAGGAAAAUUUGCUGUUAUUAUUUUUGAAAAUUUUGAUGCAUAUGUCAACAUGGACAACUGGAACAGACAACUGCUUGACAAAUAUUGCAGGGAGUACGACGUUGGCAUGAUCGUCUUUGUUCCGUCGAAAGAGGACUCUGAUGAAGAAAUAGUACCUGGUUUUCCACUGAGGCUGCAGUACAACCUGGCACUGGAAAACUACAAACUGAACGAGUUUUCCAACAUAUGGCGACUCACAAAAGCUGGCGAGACAUUUCAAGGCAGGUUGCCUGGUAAUGACUGGACCGUGUUUCAUACAAAUCAUUCCACAUACGAGCCGUUGUCAUUUUCACAGCUGGCGACACUUGACGAUGAAAGUACCGUCUCCAGCACGAACCAGAGACACCUGGUGGCAGCAUUAUAUGAUUCGGGGCAGUAUGAUGGGAUACGGCGUGUUCUGUACGGAAACUGUCUUAAUUUUUGGAUUCAUCAACUCAUUUUCAUAGACAGCUUAUCAUUUUUCUCUCAUGGCAAACUAAGCAUAACUCUUCAUAGAUACAUACAGGUGGAUGUUGACGACAUCUUUGUUGGGAAAGAAGGCAUCCGGAUGAAAGUUGUUGAUGUUGAGGCAAUGGCUGCUGCACAGACUAGACUACAGCAAGACAUUGAUGGUUUCCAUUUUAAUCUUGGUUUUUCUGGCAAAUACUACCUCCAUGGACUUCCAGAAGAAGAUGACGGUGAUCGCAAACUCAUCGAAUACAGAGACAAAUUCUGGUGGUUUGGUCACAUGUGGCGUCAUGAACAAGCACACAAGUUUGAUGAGGCCUACUUAGCAAAAUCCAUGCAACUGAACUACCAAUUUGCUCGGUCGCAUGGUAUCUCGGUGAACAAGUACUAUGCAGUGGCGCCUCACCACUCGGGCGUGUACCCGGUGCACGAAGAACUGUACAAUGCCUGGAGGAAUGUCUGGGACAUCAAGGUGACCAGCACCGAGGAGUAUCCCCAUCUUCGACCGUACUGGCGCCGCAGAGGUUUCAUAUAUCGAGGAAUAAUGGUGCUACCACGUCAAGUAUGUGGGUUGUUCACACAUACGAUUUUUGUUGACGAUUUUGAAGGAGGUCGGGAAGGCUUAGACAACAACAUUAAGGGGGGAGAACUUUUCCAAACAUUCCUUAUUAAUCCAGUAAACAUAUUCAUGACUCACCUGUCCAACUAUGGGAAUGACCGUCUGGCUCUCUACACAUUCGAGAGCGUUGUCAAGUUUGUCAAGUGCUGGACUAAUCUCAAACUACGCUCCCUGCCACCGCUACAGUUGGGACUGAAAUACUUUGAGAUGUUUCCAGAGGAAAAAGAUCCACUGUGGCAGAAUCCUUGUGAAUACAAGCGUCAUAUCAUGAUUUGGUCAGAAAACAAGACAUGCGACAGACUUCCAAAAUUCCUCAUCAUUGGACCACAAAAAACAGGCACCACUGCACUGUACACUUUCCUAACAAUGCAUCCCACAAUUAUCAGCAACUUCAACAGCAAGGAAACAUUUGAAGAAGUUCAAUUCUUCAAUGGGAAUAAUUAUUAUAAAGGACUUGACUGGUAUAUGGAGUUUUUUCCACUUCCCAAGAAUGCUACCUCAAACUAUCUUUUUGAAAAAAGUGCAAACUACUUUGAUAAUGACUUAGUCCCAAUCCGAGCUCAUGCCUUACUUCCACGAGUGAAAAUCAUCUGUAUUCUACUAAGUCCUGCCAAACGGGCUUAUUCCUGGUAUCAGCAUAUGCGAGCACACCAGGACGUAACAGCUCUGAAUUACAGUUUCUACGACAUCAUCACUGCCACGGAAAUGGCCCCACGUCGUGUUCGUGACCUCCGGACACGUUGCCUCAAUCCUGGCAUGUACGCCCAGCAUCUUCUACGAUGGCUCGAUUACUUCCCAUCUAGACAGUUGUUUAUUAUUGAUGGUGAACAGCUGAGGAAUGACCCAGUGCAUGUGAUGCAUCAUCUACAACGCUUUCUACACAUUGAACCGUACCUUGAUUAUGGCCAAUAUCUCAGGUAUGAUCCAAAGAAAGGAUUCUUCUGUCAAGUGAUGAACGACAAACUGAACAAAUGCCUGGGUCGGGGAAAGGGCCGCACCUACCCACAGAUGGGUAAAGCGUCCACCCGCUUCCUCAAGCAUCACUACAAAAAGCAUAAUAUCGCCCUUUCCAAACUCCUCAACAAACUGAAUACAGUAAUUCCUGACUGGUUACAAGAUGAGCUACGAGAUAGCUGAUGAUAUUUAAAACAUGUGGUGGUGCGUUAGAACAAACAAUAAAACAAAUUCAGGAAUUCCAGAUUAACUAUAUCUAUUUACUGGAUAGCUGAAGGAUAAACUGUGCGUCCUGGACUGGUUGCAGAUUGAAAUAUGAGAUAGCUGAUGAUAUUUAAAACGUGUGGUGGUGCGUUAAAACAAAAAAUAAAACAAAUUCAGGAAUUCCAGAUUAACUAUAUCUAUUUACUGGAUAGCUGAAGGAUAAACUGUGCGUCCUGGACUGGUUGCAGAUUGAAAUAUGAGAUAGCUGAUUAUAUUUAAAACUUGUGUGGUGCGUUAGAACAAAAAAAAUAAUUCAGGGAUUCCAUAUUAAAAUGCAGAAUUAUCUGUUUACUGGAUGACUGAAGUAUAAACUGUACAUUGUUGGCUGUUUUGAGUUGAAAUAGGAGAUGACUGAUAUUGGAAAAACAAGAUGUGUGCAUUAAAAAAAGAAGAAGAAGAAGAAAAAUCCAGAUUCAAGAUUAACUGCAGCAUCUUCUGUCUUCUGAAUAACUGAAAUACAAACUAUAUUCUUGCAAGUUGAAAUACGAGAUGGCUAAUAUUGAAAAACAAACUGUUUAUUAGGACAUCUCCCCCAUUCCCAUCAAAAAAAAAUUGGGAUUCCAUAUUAACUACAGGAUUAUUUACGAGAUGGUGGAAAUAAAAUCUACUUAUAAUAAUAAUGUUAUUCAGAUUUAUUUGAAAUGAAUCUAUUGGGAUAUCUAAAAAAUCUUAACAUAAAUAUAAGAAGAUUUUAGAUUAACUAAAGGAUCAUUAAUUUGAAGCUAUAUGAGUGAUUCUGGAUUUUCGUGGUUAAUUUGAUUAAUUUGGUGUGUCAAGUACACCAAUAUUGAAUUACCAAUGAUCUGGGGAAAUACAUUUAAAAAAUAAUAAACCAAAUAUAGCUGUUUUGUAUUGAAAUUAAUAUACAAUUCUGAGAUUGCAGGUAAACUGCGUGAUCUCAAGAACAAAAUGUUCAUGCAACUGACAGAACUACAAUAGAUAGAGAUUAUUAAACAAGCUUGUGUAUCGUACUGAUUUUACGAAACGAGUCAGGAUUUUUGUAUUGCCCGAGCGA